CUUUGUUACAUCUUUUGGUCUGCGUCCGCAGCCACUUCAUCAUUACAUCUAGUCUUGAUUCCUACUCCGGAUACUUCCCCUCCAACUGAUUCUCGCAACCUUCCAUCUCCGCGGCCGAUGCGGUAAUUCUCGAAUAUCCUUCACUUCUAGACUUGCGCAGCACCGGUGACUGAUUUUCCUACACCAUGGCCGCCAAUAAUACGGUCAUUUUUGACCUCCCACCCCUCCCGACCUAUACCUUGACUCCGCGUCCUCCGGUCCUCGCCCCCAUCCCAGACAACAUCCUGGCUUUGAUGCUACCCAUCGUAGCCUACUGGGCCUUAUCCAUGGUAUAUCACUACAUCGAUGUCAAUGACUACUUCCCUCAAUAUCGCCUUCACACACCAGUGGAGGUGCUGAAAAGAAACCGGGUCACGCGCUGGGAGGUGGUGCGAGAUGUCAUACUUCAACAAGUUAUCCAGACGCUCGCGGGCUAUGCAGUGAGCUGCUUUGAUCCUCCCGAGUGUCUGGGCAAGGAAGAGUACGAUGUUGCUGUCUGGGCUCGCCGCAUCCGCCUUAUGCAAAGGGGUCUGCCUCACCUGUUGGCUCUCUUCGGAGUCGAUGCUCUGGGUUUGGGUAAGAACCUGUCGCACAAUGGUUGGACAAUGCUCGGAGGCGCCAUUGCAGGCGGGCACUAUCCUGCAUUCACUCAGUCCAUCAUUCUGGAAAGUGGCGCAGAAGCAGUGGCUCCUGCUUUCACGAGUUGGGAACUUUCGACGGCCAGCUUCAUCUACUGGAUUUUCAUCCCGGCGCUUCAGUUCCUUUGGGGCGUCUGUGUCGUUGAUACCUGGCAAUAUUUCCUGCACCGCGCGAUGCACCUGAACCGGUGGCUCUAUGUUACCUUCCACUCCCGCCAUCACCGCUUGUACGUUCCGUACGCAUUCGGCGCUCUCUACAACCACCCAGUCGAAGGAUUCCUCCUUGACACUGCUGGCACCGGCGUCGCAUUCUUGACGGCUCGCAUGUCCAUUCGUCAGAGCAUGUGGUUCUUCACCUUCUCCACCAUUAAGACGGUUGACGAUCACUGCGGCUACGCUUUCCCUUGGGACCCACUGCAACACUUUACUUCCAACAAUGCUGCGUACCAUGACAUUCACCAUCAAAGCUGGGGCAUCAAGACCAACUUUUCGCAGCCGUUCUUCAUUUUCUGGGACCGUUGGUUCGGUACCCAGUGGCAGGGUGACGUGAAACUCCGUUAUGAACGCUCUCGUGAAGCUGCUCAGAAGCAGCUGGACAACGAUUCUGGUUUCGACACUCCAGCUUCCGGGAGUGCCACUCCUACUGUCCCGGAAGCACCGGCCGAAUCAGUCUCUCGCCCCCGGCGCAGAAAGACUGUUACUCUUUCCCCUCAUGUUGACGGUUUCAAAGGCGUGAACCACCCCGUCGCUAGCAGUGUCCUAUAGGAUGCCUUCUUUCUUCGUUCAUUGUUGCUUUAUAAUAAUCUUCACCUUCUGCCUUCGCCGCUCAACGGGGGUCUUUGGAGUUGCGGGACGUCUCCUACUUCCGGCUGCUGUCUGUUCAUUGCCUAAUUUUACGCUGUAUUAAUAGUCCGGUUGAUGAAACCUGUUAUGGACCUGUACAAUGUCUUUUUUCCUACUGUUCGGUUUAUCAGUUACUCGGAGCAGUCCGCAUGACCUGAAGAU